GUGGAAUGCAGAAGGAAACCCCAAAUCUGGCUGAAGGGCUAACGCUGAGCCACCAAGCAGGAAAUGACUCGUGGAGGAGGGACCAGGCCGCUGAGAGUCAGCUGUGGCGGGGAGAGAACUACAGUUCCCAGCGUGCUGUGCGCUGGGCGGCUGCACGUGGGGCUUAAUCAUCUGGCCCGGGCGCUGGAGCCGGUGCGGAGAAGCAGGAGAGACCGUGGGAGGCUUUUUCGUCCCUUUCCCCAGGUGCAGAAAAGGAGCCUGAACUCUGUGCCUGGGGCCAUUCGGCCGAGGCCCCCAGCGCCAGAAGCGGGAGAAUGGGUCUGCCUGCUUUGUGACCUGGAGGAGGCUGGGCCGGAGGGAGUGUCUGUGGGCUGGGGCGGGGAUGAGGCGGUAGGGGACCCGGCGAGCGGGCAGGGUGCUGCCGGACGGAGACAUGGCCCAGCACAAUGUGGGGAUCAACAGUGAGUACUGGGACUGGAGCGCGGACGCCGGGGAGCGGGCCAGGCUGCUGCAGAGCCCCAACGUGGAGACAGGGCCCAAGAGCGAUGAGGGGCAGGGACCUGGCGCGGGGAGCACCUCCACCCUCGGGGCCGUCUUCAUUGUGGUGAACGCCGCCCUCGGGGCUGGGCUGCUCAACUUCCCUGCGGCCUUCAGCACGGCGGGCGGCGUGGCAGCAGGGAUCGCGCUGCAGAUGUCCCUGCUGGUGUUCAUCAUCGGCGGGCUGGUGAUCCUGGCGUACUGCUCGCGGGCCAGCAACGAGCGCACCUACCAAGAAGUGGUGUGGGCCGUGUGCGGCAAGGUGCCCGGGGUGCUCUGCGAGGUGGCCAUCGCCGUCUACACCUUCGGCACCUGCAUCGCCUUCCUCAUCAUCAUCGGGGACCAGCAGGACAAGAUCAUCGCUGCACUGAUGAAGGAGCCGCAGGGGGCAGACGGCAGCUGCUGCCCCGCCCUGCCGCCUCACCCUGCCCCUCUCCAUCCCCAAGGAGAUUGGCUUCCAGAAAUCUGCCAGCAGGGCUGGACAGCAGGAGAUACUCUGGUUAGCAAGUCAGUGGCAGUUGGUGGCUGGGCUACUCUACGGCUACCGCUGGAGGAGCUGGAUCGAUGGCUGUUUCUUCCUUUACGCCCCGGGACUCUGGGGGAGGAGUGGGGCUCCCUGAGCGUGAUUGGCACAUGGUACGUCACUGCCGUCGUCAUCCUGAAGUACAUCUGGCCUGACAAGGAGAUCACGCCGGGGCACAUCCCCACGCGCCCCUCCUCCUGGAUGGCCGUGUUCAACGCCAUGCCCACCAUCUGCUUCGGAUUCCAGUGCCACGUGAGCAGCGUGCCCGUCUUCAACAGCCUGAGGCGCCCGGCGGUGAAGCCGUGGGGAGCGGUGGUGACGGCGGCCAUGAUAAUCGCGCUCUUCGUCUACACGGGGACAGGCGUCUGCGGGUUCCUGACAUUUGGGGCAGACGUGGACCAGGACGUGCUCUUGUCCUACCCCUCCAAUGAUGUCCCGGUGGCCAUUGCACGGGCCUUCAUCAUCCUCUGCGUGCUGACCUCCUAUCCCAUCCUGCACUUCUGCGGCAGGGCUGUGCUGGAGGGUCUCUGGCUCCGCUACAAGGGGGAAGCGGUGGAGGAAGAUGUGGUGCGCGAGAGACGCCGGCGUGUGCUCCAGACCAUCAGCUGGUUCCUCCUGACGCUCCUCCUGGCCUUGUUCAUCCCCGACAUCGGCAAAGUCAUCUCGCUCAUUGGGGGCCUGGCGGCCUGCUUCAUCUUCGUCUUCCCAGGACUCUGCCUGAUUCAAGCCAAACUUUCGGAAAUCCCGGAAAGCAGGCCAUCCAGUUGGUGGGCACUGGUUGGCUAUGGGACGUUUAUGGUCACGCUUGGAGCCUUCAUCUUUGGACAAACCACUGCCAAUGCCAUCUUUGUGGAUCUGAUGGCCUGACUUGCUCCCCAGGACUGGUUGCUGCGGCUCGCCUUAGAAGCAGCUUUUCUUUUGGGACCACCUGGGGUCGAAGGAGAGAUUUGGCUUCCGAUGUUUUCUAAAAGUUGGUUGGAGGGGAACCUAGUCCCUUCCUGCUGGGGAUUUUGUGAGUCUGUUUCAUUGAGCCAGUCCUCCCAUGACAGUAUGUUUGCCGUCCAACGCACCAACAAGUCCGGGUUUUGUUUCUGGCUCCCUGGCCUCAGUAAUCACAAAGGAUCACUACAGAGAAAUCUGACACUAACCCAGUGGGGGGGAGGGGUGCAAAUU